AUGUAUAUAAUAUGGAUACAAACAUCAAUUCGAACUCCAGAAAUCCCUGUAGAGUUAUCUGAUAAGGACACAAAUUUCAACACAGAUGAAGGGGUGCAAAAAAACGAAUCCUCUAUCACUUAUACCUUUGAAGCUUCAACCAUCAUCUCAUCUAUAAUUGAAAAUUCUACGGUUGCAACUUCCACAACUUUACCUCAAAUUUCAUCACCCUUAACAACUUCAGUUCCAGUUUCGACCAUCUCGCCAACAUAUUCUACUAUCAUGCAUGAACCGAUUACCACUCUCUUCUCUUCUCAAUCCACUGAGGCUGAGAUAAUGAUUCAUGAAGAAGAACCUAAUGAUGAUGAGAUCAUGGACUUGGUUGAGGGCAUUGAACAUAAACAAUUCGAAAGGUUAGCCCUUCAUUCCAAGAGCUUUGACUAUGAAAUUCAUAAGUUUCGUAACGGUACAAAGGAACGUCAUGAACUCUUUGUUGAACAAGUGACAAAAGUGAAGGAAUUUGUGGAUCUCAAUGUUGUUGAAUUCAAAUCUGAGUUGUCAAAAGAAGUUCAGAAAAUGGAGCAAAACUAUACUUUGUUGCAUAGCAAAGUCGAUGUCAUUGUGACUGCUAUCACUAAGUUAGUUGAGUUCAACACCGAGUAUUCGAACAAGCUUGAAGCGAAGUCAAAAAAAGGAUUCUCAGGUGUUUCAAAAGAUGGAAGAAUUUUUAUCCAAUAUCAAGGAGUCUAUUUCGAAAUUUGA